GAGAGUGCGCAGGGAAGCAGUAGUCCAUCCUUCCAGCCAAGCUGCAUGGACCUGCAUCUCUUCUCCAGCAUCAGCAACAGCACUAGAUUUGCCAAGCCUGAACUUGUCAUUGCCUUCUGAGUCCUGGAACUCAGAGGAUAUCCUCAAGAGGCUGAGUAGCAGCACAGAGAAGCAAGUGAGCCUGGCAGAGCUGCCUGCAGCUUUUGACAACACACUCAUGGUCCCCAGGAGUGAGUUUCAGCAUGCAGCCAUCACCUCCUGUGGAUACAAACUGCAGUGCCUCAGGAUCCGGGUGAGGCAGAUCGCUAGGGAGAGAGACGAGGCAAGGCUGCACUUGGAGAAAGUGGAGAGACGCUGCCUGCAGCUUGGCAGGGAGUUGGAUGAGCAGUACAUCGCUCUCGAGCACACCCAGAGCAAGCUCAAGGACGUUCAGGCAGAAAUAGAGGCAAAAGAGCUUCUUUUGCAGCAAGCAAGCAAUCACCAAGCGAAGCUGGAGGCUGAUACACAGUUCCUCCAGGGCAAAGAGGCCAGUCUGCAAGGGAGACUGAACCACAUGAUGAAGGAGAACACACAGCUGCAAAACAAGGUCAUGGAAAUGUCUGAGAAACUGGUGGCCUCUGAGAACCUGGUGUUGGAGCUGCAGAAAGAACUCAACUAUGUUGUGAAGGACAAGCUGGGCCAGGAGGAGCCCCACAGCCCAGAGCUCCUGAACCAGAGCGAGCGCUUUGCAGAGAUUAUCCUGGAGUACGAGCAGCAGUGCCAGAGAGUCAAGGUGCUGUGGGACCAGAAUGGAGUGCUGUGGAGGGAGCUGGAAAGGCUGCGUCUCCAGCUACAGGAGAGCAGGGCUGAGAGAGGGCUGCCAGCAGGAGGUCUGCCCUCACAGGACUCCUCUCUGCCAGUGUGCCGCUCUCCCAGCCUUCUUGUUCCCACUUAUGUGCGCACAGAGACGUCACUCUCAAUGGAACAGCUCCAAGAGCAGUUGCGGGACCUGAAGGUGCAGCUGGAAACCAAGAGUGAGAAGAGCAAGAGGGAGGUCUCCCACCUGAAUGUCAAGACGUGUCAGCUAGGCUGUGAACUCACUGAGCACAAGGCCAGCCACAGUGCUGGCCCUGGCACUGUCCAGCUGCAGAGCCAGAGGCUUGUGGAGGCUGAGUGGCUACGAGGAGAACAUACAUCUGUGAGGCUGAAGCACCACCAGCAGCAUGCAGCAUGUUGGAUGGAGAUGGAGCUGCUCCGACAGCAGCUCAAGGCCUCGCAGGAGAAGCUCUUAGAAGCCGAAGCAGGCCUGAGCUUGGCCCAGACUCAACACGCUCUGCAGUUGCAGCAGGCCAGGGCCCAGAUGAACAACAUGGUGCCAAAGAAACAGUUUGAGCAGCUGCAAACCAGCUUGAGAGAGGAACAGUGCAAGGCUCAGCAGCUCCAGGAAAACCUCCACUGGCAGGCUGAGCAGACAUGCAGGCAGAUGGCCAGGACCCAGGACGAACAUGAGCGUCUGCUGCAGGCAGCUGUGGAGCAGGCAGAGGGGCUGGAGCACAAUCUGAGGAGUGCCGAGGCUGUGCUGGCAGAGAGGGUGGCUCAGCUCAAAGAUGCCCUGGCCCAGCUUUCCAGGAACAAACUGCUGAUCGAAGACCUCCGUGAGGAGAACAGGGGGUUUGCAGUGGCCCUGCAGGCGGCUGAGCAGAAGCAGAAGAGCACUGAGGAGAAGAACCAGCUGUUGGAGGAGCAAGCCUCAGCUCUGAAGCAACUCAUUGGAAAAAUCACUCCAGCAUCUCUGAGUGGGUGAUAGGGCAUCCGCUGUGGCACCCCUGUCCCUGGUCCUGGCUGGGGUUUGUCAGGUGCGGAAGGGGAGGUAUGGCUGGGUUGGGAAAUCAGCCUUGUCUUUCCAGGUUUUGCCAGGAUUUCCCUGGGUAGAAAGUAAAAAAUGGAGAAACCAGAGUCCUUUAAGGAAACUGGUCCUGUGGAUAGCUGAACUUUCCUACUGAAAAGCACCAGCGUUGGCGCCUUUCUCAGUGGCCGAGUGUGCUGUUGUAAGUCGGGUCUGUCUCAGGCCAGCCAUCCCACGGGAGCUGCCUUGCUCCCUCUCUGCAGAGGGCUGCUGUUGAGGCUAUGCUGUUAUGGCUGGAAAGCCAGGGCAGGAGGGCUUUCAGGUUCCUGCAUCUGGCUCACUCUGAGCAGGAAAGCUGUGUUGUAGCAUUAAAAUGUUUGCAGUAUUACAGCACCUCCUGCCAUCUCGUCUGCUCUGUAUUUCAGUAGCCUUCCCCAGCUGUUGCUGAACUUUUAUUCCCUACAGGUCCUCUUGGGCUCUAGGAGACUCUGACCCUCCUAAAGCCUGAGCCUUCAAAGAUCCAAACCAACCUGUGGCUGGAUUGUUGCCUCUGUGGUAAGCAGGGCAGAGGGGGUGAGGGAAGAGCUUUCUAUCAAUUUGAGCCUCCAAGGCUUGGGGCAGGGUUGGUGACCCCUACUCAGUACUGCACUUCUUCAAAGGAGACAUGGUAAGCAAACUGUCAUCUUGCCUUCCCUGUUGGCCUUUGAACACUGGCAGUGAGUACUGCUCUUGCCAAAAUAAGUUGUCUAAAAGGCCACAAAGCCAAGCAUUCAUAUCAGCAAAUGCCAAAUUUAUUGAUCUGCCCAGGGUGUUACCCUCUGCAUGGAGGAUGCAUCAUUGUCAUGUGCAGAACAGAGGGUAUUUACAUGGGGGCUGCGGUUCCCACUAGCUGUGAAAGGACUCCUAGGAUUUUGGGGGCUUAUGGAGACUACUGUAGAAGAGAGACGAGGCAAGCCUGGGUAGCAAAGCAGAGGCUGGACAGUCAAUACAAAGAAGAGGGCUUAAAAAUGGCUCAAGCUGUUGUUGGUUCAAGAACAAAAGGGGAUAAAUUAGCUGUGAGCUAAAACACUGCCUUUAAGUCUCAGCCUGCAAGGGCAGAGGGGUUCCCUGGCCUUGGGACUGUGCCAGGAGAUGGCUGGAGGCUGUGACUGAGGAGGCCUCCUUGGUCUAGGCAUGUUUUUUUCUGCCCUGGUGGAUAACAGCUGAGUCUUCUUUGCCUUCAGGGCAGUCCUGAUUGUAAGGGCCAUGAGAGAAGCUGGGCGACUACAAGGAGGGAAGCCCCACAGAGGGCAUAGGCCAGCUCAGGGAGGUUCCUUGGCUGGGGCUGGGAGAGCAAUGCAGUAAUGCCCUGGGGAAUUAAUCCUGUUCUGUACUCUUCCCUAAGUAUUUGCUUUUUGGCUCCUGUCAGAGAUGGGGGCUAGGCAAACCUCUAGUCUUACCUAGGUCUUAUGUUUUUGGAGCGUUCUCUCUCAGCCACUAUUCAAGAAUGGGCACCUUCAUUUGGAAAACCAGAUAGGGAGAGCAGCUCUUCAGCCUUGCUCUGUUUUUAUGUCAACUGGAAUCCUUAAAAUCCUCUGCUCCUUUUCCCACCCCUACCCCAAACAGUCCCUAGGCCCUGCCAGACCAGUGAGCUGGGGAAGAAGACUCUUCACAGAGGGACAGAGGCACAGCCCAAGCAUGCUGGGUGAAACCUUGGCCAGGCCCGUGACCCAGACUGCAGUGCUUGUUCACUCAGUGCCUUAAGAAACAUUUAUAGACCUCUGAUGGGAGACAAGAAUUCAUGUAUAAUCCUAGAAGGAAGCUUCUGCAACCACAUCUGACUCUUGGAGGAGCACCUCCGCUGAGACACCUACAUAACCAGUUGAGCAUCACCUUGCAGGGUCAAGAUGGGCUGAGCCAGAGAGCCACGUCAGUGUUCAACACACAGUGUUAACUCUUUAAAAAAACAACAACACAAAAUUGAAGGCUGA